UGUCACCUGCACUUUCCCAAGAAAAGUCAUGCUAUGAUGUUGGUACUACGGAGGUUACUGAGGAAGCGCUGGGUGCUGGGGGUUGUCUUCGGAUUGUCCCUUAUCUACUUUCUCACCAGCACACUUAAACAGGAGGAGAGGUCCAUGCGGGACCGCACACUCUUAGAAGUUAAAGAUACAGACCAUCACAUCCCCUGGAAAGUGCAUUUCAACCUGGGUAACAGCAGCCGUCAAAUUACUCAGUGCAGAAACUCCAUUCAGGGCAAGAUAUUUCUUACGGACGAACUUGGUUAUGUGUGCGAAAGAAAGGACUUGCUGGUUAACGGCUGCUGUAACGUCAGUGCUCCCAGCACCAGGCAGUACAUUUGUAAAAGCUGCCUGGCAAAUGGCUGCUGUAGCAUCUAUGAGUAUUGCGUGUCUUGCUGCCUCCAGCCUGAUAAGCAACCUCUUCUAGAGCACUUCCUGAAUCGUGCAGCUAAAGGCUUCCAGAAUCUUUUCACUGCUGUGGAAGAUCAUUUUGAGUUGUGUCUGGCCAAGUGUAGGACCUCUUCACAAAGUGUUCAGCACGAGAACACCUAUCGAAACCCCGAAGCAAAAUAUUGCUAUGGUGAGAGUCCUCCAGAGCUUCUGCCUGUAUGAACUAGACCCACUUAGUUGGUUCAAGGAGAACAAGUGGUACCAUGGGUCAUUAAAAAAAAAGCUCCUUGAAGAAGAGACUCAACAAAAUAAAGGCUGCUGUGGGCAGUUUGGCACUAUCUUGGCAGAUGAAGGCAUUCAAAACCUCAAAUCUCAGAAAGAAGGACAAAUGCUCUUUUUAAACUGUAUUAUUUACACUUCAUAAGUGCAUAAAACACUUCAUACAUUCAUCCGUGAUGAUCAUCAGGUCUCCCUCACAGACAGCUUACUCAUCAGGUUUCGCUUCAAACAUGUUCGUAUUAAGAAACAUUGAAUUUUAAUAUAGCUGUUUUUUUUGUUUGCUUUGUGGACAAAACUGAAACGACAGAGAAUGUGUUGGUGCUUUUGUUUGUAUUGCAUGCAUAUAAAAUGGGUAUUUAAUAAAAAGUGACUGUGAAACAGAAA